AUGGAAAUGAAUUAUCAAGACGAGUCCAGCUCCAGAGAUGACACCCAUUGGGUGGAGGAACUCUUCCCCCCUCGUUUCACUUUCCAAAACCUGCUGGAAAACCAGACCAACGCAAACAAACCAUGCAGCAGCUCAAUGAAACCACCUUCAGCCUUCUCCACAGACAUAGAUGAACCCCACAGGAGCCACAGAAGGGACAUAUACCUGAAAGCUUUGAAAGAGGUUCAGCAAACUGAGCGACUGCACAAAAAGGAGGCCCUAGAGAAGAUAAUUAUUAGGCCUGUUGAUGAAGGAGAGACCACAGAAAAUCCUAAAGACCAGAGCGAGACUGCAGGACAGAGGUGCAUUUGGAAUGAGAGGGACAUCACCAAACUGCGGGCUGGUUUUGAAGAAGUAGAGAGGGACAGAUGGAGACUAAAGCGACAGCUCAGUUGUUCAGAGGAGCAGCUUAAAGCAGAACAUCAUGAAAGGAUGAAGCUGGAAGGCCUGGUGGAGAAGCUGGAGGAACAGUUAAGCCUUUCCAAAAAAAGGGCUGCGCGUCAGGCCCUCAUGAUAAACGAUCUGAAGUCAGAGAGCCAAAAAAUGAACGCUCAGUUACAUAAGCUGACGAUAAAGGUCAGGGAAACAGAAGAAGAGGCAGACAGGUGGAAGACAAGUCUGAGGAAAGCAAAAGAGGACGUGCAGCAGAUCACACAGGAGCGCUCCAACCUCGCAUGGGAACUGGAAAGAGCGCAGGCGCAAUUGAAAUCUGAAGGAGACAGACUGGAAAAAGCAGCUCAGAUAGAGAAAGAGGCUGUGCUCCUGAGGCUUCAGAGAGAGGUGGAGCAGACCCGAUCCGAUCUGUGCGCAGAGAGAGAGAGUCAUGCACAGAGCCGCACAGCCCUCCAGCUCUUACGCAGACACUUUAGCAGCCAAUAA